UACCGCCCGCCCCGUUCCCCCCCGGCGGUGCCCGCGGUGGUAGCGGCGGCRCGGGCGCGCGCGGCGGCCGGAGGUCACCAGAUUCCCCCCAAAUCUGCUGUGGGGUCUGGCACCAUGUUYGGCUCCUCCCGGGGCGGGGUCCGGGGGGGCCAGGACCAGUUCAGCUGGGAGGAUGUCAAGACUGACAAACAGCGUGAGAAUUACCUGGGGAACUCCCUGAUGGCGCCGGUGGGCCGGUGGCAGAAGGGGAAGGACCUGACCUGGUAUGCCAAGGGCAARAAGGACACGGCCCCGCCGCUAUCCCGGGAGGAAGAGCUGGCUGCUGUCCGCCUGGCCGAGCAGGAGGCCAUGAUGGCAGCUCUAGGCUAYAAGAACUUGAAGAGGCAGCCCACAGGCCUCAGCAAAGAGGACCUGGCCGAGGUGUGCAAGAGGGACGGCGCUGAGCGGGACGAGAAGGACGUGGAUCGGGUGGUGGGUUUGGGCAGCUCCAGUGGCAGUGCUGGCCGGGUGAUGCUCUCCAAGGAGGACAAGGAGGCAGCCAAGAUGGGGCUCUCUGUUUUCACGCACCAGAAAGUCUCCAGCAGCCCAGAGACAUCUGGCUCCAAGAAGAAACAGGAAAAGGAGGAGAAGGUGGAGGAGAAACGACCAGAGAGCAGCAAAAAAUCCAAAAAGGAGAAAAAGAAGGAGAAAAAGAACAAGAAAAAGAAGAAACAUAAGAAGGAGAAGAAGAAGGACAAGGACAAGCAUUCCAAGAAGGAUGCUGACCCAUCAUCCUCUGAUUCCGAUUCUUCCCCWGAUCGACACAAGAGGCACCACCGCAGGAAAACGCAGCAGCACUCGGAGCCGUCGCGGCACGGCAGCCGGCGGCGGCACGACACGGAAUCCUCGGGAAGCAGCGCGGGUUCCGGCCGGAGCCCCGCCCGCCGGCGCAGCCAGAGCAGGGACGGCCGGGGCCGCCACCCGUCCCCGCGGCGCAGGGGCAGGAAGAGGAGCAGGAGCAGGUCCCCCCUGGCCCGCGGGGUCCGGCAGCGCCACGACACUGACUCGGAGGACUGAGAGGGAGCCCGGGGUUGUUUCAGGGAGAUCUUCCAUAAAGUUUAUAUUUUUUAAGGUGAUUAAAUUAAAAACGCCGCAGCUCCGCGGGCACCGGGGCAGAGUCUGGCAAAGGGCAUUAAUGUGGUGCCAACUGCCCCUUCCCUGCCCACCCGGGGGCAGCACCAGCAGGUGUGGGGGGCAUCAGGGGCUGGGCACCCUUCUCCUCACUCCCCAGGUCCAUCCAUCCACACAGGACUGAGCGUAGAGGAAUGCUGUGGGUUGGGGGCUGGUGCUGGGUUGGUUCUGGCUGUGGUGCUGAAAAUGCUGUGGAUACCUCGUGUUUAUGUAUAGACACUUUGGAAGAGAUUAUUAUUAUUAUUAUUAU